UAAUCGAUCGCUCUCACGCCAAUAGUUUAGUCGAACCGAACACCGAAGACUUUGACCCCGCGAUCGGCGAUCCAACUGCCUCACCAGGCUUAUUAUCUCUAUCUCCCCGCCCCGCAAGGCGCAAGCUCUUCCCACAGCUUUCCUCCUAGCCAGCUCCGCCCUCUCCUUCCUCCUCCUCCAGCCGAAAGCAGCAAUGGUGAGGCUGGGGCCUCUCGCCGCGCAGCACUCGGGAGCGUUCGCCCGCGACCUGGGGCUGGGGAGCCCCGCGGCGCUCGUGGCCUUCGCGGUCGUCGCGACGGUGGCGGUGGCGGCCGUGGCGGCCUUCGGCUGCGCCAAGGGGGCCAAGAAGCCGCGCCGGCAGGACAACAACAACGUGUACUACUACGGCCAGGGGUACCCACCGCCGCCCCCCGCGGGCGCGUACGGCUACCCGGCGCAGCAGCCUCCCCCCGGCUACGCGUACCCGCCGCCGCCCGUCGACGCCGGGAGGAAGCAGGGAGGGCGCAUGGGAGCCGGCGCGGGUCUCGCCCUCGGCGCAGGCGCCGGCCUGGCCACCGGCGUCAUCGUCGGCUCGGCGCUCAGCUCCGGCUGCGGAGGCGGCUGCGGCGGCGGAUGCGGUGGCGGCUGCGGCGGUUGACUUGAUCGUACCACGACGUGCUUAUCGGCUUGCGUUGGUGUGCGUAGUGGUUAGGCAGUUGGGGCUUUGAUAAUUGUAUAGAUACUGCUACUACUAUACCGUCGCGUGUGAUGAUCGGCAUCCCUCUAUGUCCACUUGUUUAAUUAUUACUACGUGAUGAGUAUAUUGUGAAAGCA